AUGGAUGGACUAAUUUCCCCGCUGAAAUUGUUGGACUGCAAAAUGAGAUAUCUCAAACUGAAAAAUCUUGUGUCAAUCCAUUUCGGUAUGUCCCCACCAAGACUGUUAUCACCAAAGUCAAUCAUCAUUAGAUUCGUGCAUUUUUGCAAUGAAGAAGGAAUGUGUCCAGAGAAACUGUUUCCGCGGAGAUUCAAAGACGCUAAAUCUUUAAGAAAUCCCAUGGAAUUCGGUAUUCUUCCGGACAAUUUGUUGUUGCCUAAGUUCAACACUUGCAAUGAUUGCCAUUUGAUAAAACAUUCGGGUAACUCUCCAGAAAGAUGGUUUCCUGCAAAAUUUAUAAGCCCUACAUUGGAUGUAUUGACACAAAGAAAAUCUGACAGACCUCCGGAAAAUGAGUUAUUGGAGAAAUGGAGUUCUAAGGAUGAACUCGUCAUUACUGGAGGCAGUGGACCACUAAACCUGUUGGCACUCAAGUCAAAAAUAUGUAAGGGGCCAUCAUAUUCAUCAUUUCCACGAUCACUAAUAAUGGAUAAAAUCUUUCCGUCAAGUUGGUUAUGGGAAAGCCAUAACGGAAAUGGAGAUACCAAGCCCCAAGACCCUAGACAUAGCGACUCUAAUUUGAAUGGUGGAAUCCAAUUGGGGUUGACUUUCAAAGUCAAGUGGUUUCCAGAGGCUUCCAAUAUUUUUAAAUUUGAGAGAUGGGCAAAGUGGGUUUCAGUCACAACCCCUUCCAACAUAGAAAGCAAGUUUCCUAUACUCUCUGGUAAGUUCCCCAUCAAUUUAUUACUACUCAAGUCUAACCUUACAAGGGAAACCAACUUCCCUAAUUCAACUGGAAUUACACCGGACAAUGAGUUUUCUCUAAGAAAGUUCAUUGAAACGAAAAUCGAGGUACUGGAGGUUGUUGAGUUGAAAAAUCCAGGGAGGGAUGAUGGCAUAAGACAGGGAAUUGAGAGAUCAAGAGUGGCUAAAUUAGAACGGCUGAUAUUGAUAACAUCAUUCAGAGGAGCCAUCAAAUUAAGAUUACAUCCACUAAAAUGCAGCUCCACUAAAGAAGGAAGUUUGUUGAUCACCUGGUGUGCCCAGUGGGUUGCUUUCCUGAGGUUCACUUCAUUCAUGUUGAGGUGCUCCACGCUAAAUACCCAUGGUCAGCCAAACUUAAAACGUGCAAAUUGGAAAGAUUUCCAAUAUUGUGGGGAAUAUUUCCAUAAAAUCCAGCAAAUGAUAGAUUCAAUUAAGUUGCUGCAAACAACACCUUUCCACUUGCAACAAUCAAAUUUAGCAUCCCAAGAAGAAAACACGUUUUUGGGGUCCUGCAGAGAUUGCUUGAAGGUUAGAAGUGAUUGCUUUUCAACUUCAGGGCAGUUGAUACAUUUGCUUAGUUUUAGAGACAUGAAAAGAAGGACCGAAAACAAUGCUGCAAGGAUACAA